UUUCGAUUCAAUAAAGCUGACCUCAAGGGGAAACACAAAUCGCACAGGAAGACGGUAUCCUUCCUGUCUAUUAAGCUAGGCGAUCCAUGGAGGUUCCGUCUCAUCUGAAGCUUUACCUUCUUUCGUGCAUCCUAUUGCUUUCAUCAUCUCAGAUUCAAGCUACACUUGUCCAUUACUGCGACAAGAAAGGAGACUAUGCUGUGAAGGUGCAUGGAGUUGACGUAUCACCUAACCCUGUGGUCAGGGGAAAACCGGCUACCUUUAAGAUUUCAGCUGCUACUGGUGAAGCUGUUCAUGGCGGAAAGUUAAUAAUUGAAGUUUCAUACUUUGGGGUGCAUGUCCAUACAGAAACUCAUGAUCUUUGUGAGGAAGCAUCCUGUCCUGUCACUGCAGGAAACUUUGUGCUCGCUCACACUCAAACACUGCCUUCAUUUACCCCACCGGGCUCUUAUGUACUGAAGAUGACGAUGGAGGAUGAGAAGAAUGAGCAGUUAACUUGUAUCACCUUUAAUUUCAAAAUCGGUUUCGGGUCUUCAGUGUCCGACAUCUAAGUGUUAAUUCACUGUCUCCUGGGGGAUGCACACAGUGUGCUGCUUCAACUUUGCAUAUUUUUUUUUAUUUUCGAGUCUUUCGUUAUCCUGUGCUUGUGUAUAUCAACUUUGAAGAACCUCGCAGAGCGAGGGAAAAACAUAAUGAAGUUAUGACUAUUAAGAAACAACAUAUGAUCUUAA